CAUCGCGGCUUUCGUAAUUUUGUCGGAAAAGACUGGAAAAGUCAAAAGUAAUGAAAAGUUUAGAAAAUUGUGCAAAUUUUAUGCGCGGUAGCAAAGCUUCUUUUCAUUAGUAAUUUAUUAGCUAAUUAUCUUUAACUGGUAGAUGGUGAAUUAGAAGAGUGUGAGUGGGGGAAAAGUGAUCUUCAAAGUUCUUCGGUGAAAACAAAAACAUCCGUGCAAUGUCACGCCUUAAACCGAUUCAUAGGGCCACUAAUCUGGGAGCCUUGAAGGAGCUGUAUUCUCUGCCGAAGAAUAUUGAGGGGAAAAAGGUGCUAGUGCUUUGCCAGAGCGCCAACAAGCUGAAACAGCAUGCCCAUAUGUUCUACUUGGAGCGGGACGAGGAGGAAGCCUGUAUUUGCUAUAUGAAAUAUUUGAAUCUCAUUGACAUCAUCCACAAGCAUCACGAAUAUGCUGACAAAAAGCGAAACAUUGUGCAGGCUCUCGGGAGUAACAGCGAAAUUGUGAGCAUUUAUGAAAAAGUUGAAAAACUACAAGACAGUUUGGAAAAGCGGUAUGCCAGCAGUUGCGCCCAGAACGAACGGGAGCAGAACAAAAUGCGCAAUCUGCAGGAUCACAUAGGUCCGAUCAUUUCCCACGUGAAAGACACGAUUGACGCCAAGGAACUGUUGGAGAUGAUCAGCAACCCCGCGCUCAGUAUGUUAAUCGUAGAUUGUCGGUCGGAUAGGGAUUUUGAGGACAGCCGGAUCAAGUAUGCCUUCGUGGUGAAUGUUCCGGAGUCGCUCUUGGUGCCUGGGAUGACGGCCGGGAAGAUUCACCACGCCCUGCCGCAGGAUUCCAAGCAGCUGUGGACCUGUCGCGGUGUGAAAGAACAACUGGUGCUGAUGGAUAACGGGACACAAGGAGCGCCCCACAAGGAUACACCCCUUUGGGUGCUGGAAGAUAUCCUGAAGAAGUGGGACCAUGACGUGGUUUACAAGAAACCAUUCCUACGAGUUAAUGGCGGAUUUCUAAACUUUUUGCUGCACUAUCCUGCGUACUGUACCAAUCCAAAAUACACCACAUCGACCAUGGAUCAGACUGAUGAAUAUUAUCCAUUGGACGAUAUCGAGUAUCCCAACAUCAGCGACAUCCGCAUGAAGGAUGACAGCUUCGAGUCGCAGACGGGACGCCCCGCGAUCGAUCGGAACAGCAAGGCAGCAGCGCUGUCCAAGUACCAGACAGCCCAGACGAAGCUGGAAAUCUUGGACCAGCAGGAUAAACUGAUGGAUAAAUCUAUCCAAAACAUCAAGGAGAUCAUAAUGGCGGAGGACGAGUUGGCGCAAAUAAACGAAAAAGAGGAUCACGUUGCCGACGACGAGAAGGAUGAAAACUUGCAGCACAUAAAAAAUAAGCUGCUCGUGUUGACCACCAAACAUGACGAUAUGAUUCAAGAGAAUAAUGAGUUGAAAGAACAACUAGAGCUGUACAAGGAAAAGGAACGUUUGCGAGAAGAGGCAGGAGAACUCAUAUCAGCCCAGGAAGGCACCCGAUAUGAAGAACUCGCACAGCGAAGAAUCCAAGAGAAGGAAGAACGCAGGGCGCGUCUGGAGCAGGAACGCAUCGAGCUAGAGCGAAAAGCCAAACUGAAGGAAGCGUACGAGAAAAAGCCCCAGAUUUCGAAAGAAAAUCGCAUCGAGCGAAUACCGCAAUUCGAUCGUACCGCAAAGCCGUCCGGCAUACUGUCCGACUACAAUCACAACGUGCAGCGUGAAGUGCAACGAGAUUUUGCGCCCGUCUACGGAUCGGUGGGACGAGGACUAACCGGACUUAAGAACUUAGGAAAUACCUGUUAUAUGAAUAGUAUACUUCAGUGCCUCAGCAAUACCACUUUCCUAAAUGAAUAUUUCGUGGAAGAACAGUUCAAACAAAAUCUCAACAGAAAUAACAAGACUCAAGGUAGGAUAGCAGAAGAAGUGGCUGCAGUGAUCAAAGCUCUGUGGACUGGUCAAUACAAGUGUAUUGCAAGUAAGAAUCUGAGGUUUGUCGUGGGCCAAUACGAACGUCAGUUUGGCGGAAUCGAACAGCAGGAUUCGCAUGAGUUGUUAACAAUUUUAAUGGACUGGCUCCAUUCAGAUUUGCAAACUGUGCCAAUACAGAUCGAUACUAGCUUGGAGAAUCUCCCGGCAUCGGAAAGAGCGUGGAUAGAGUACUUCAAAGGGAAGGAGAGCUACGUUGCCCAGCUGUCGUACGGCCAGAUCAAAAGCAUGGUGAAAUGCGUUGGGUGCGGGAAGGAAAGUUCAACGUACGAGUCGUUUUCGAGCCUCAGCCUGGAGCUGCCUUCCGAUGCCAACCGGUGUAAUCUCAGCAACUGUCUGGAUAUGUACUUCAACGGGGAACGCAUUAUGGACUGGCACUGCGCACACUGCAAGAGCAACAAGGGCGCCAUCAAGAAGCUAGACAUUUCGAGGCUGCCCUCGAUUCUGGUGAUCCAUUUCAAGCGAUUCUACGCCGAUCCGGACGCGCUGUCGACGGUGUACAAGAAGAAGCAAAACUACGUUACAUUCCCACUGACUGAUCUGGAUAUAUCUCGCUACAUUGCACCGUCGGAGAAGAUUCGCAACCAGAAGCUAAAGUCUCGCCGAUAUCACCUGUACGGAGUGUCGAACCACUACGGAUCGAUGGAAAGUGGUCACUACACGGCGUUCUGUCGAAACAAACUACAUAAUAAGUGGUACAAAUACGACGAUCACACGGUUUCUAGUCUGGACAAAUCGGAUGUGUGUUCUAGUGCCGCUUAUAUACUGUUCUAUUCCGUGUUACCUGAAGGAAACCCGUCGGAUAUGUAAGUACGAUAGCAAACCAUGUAUUUUAUAUUUUGUCCCAUUUGUUGACCAGUUUUAGUCCGUAAUCAGAUGAUUCGAUUUUUUUACCGCAUACCGCGAUAAAAAUUUAUUUUUAGCAUUUAUUUAUAAAAUAUCAAUUUCGAAAUCUGCUGUAUGAUAGUUUUGCAAUAUACCUACUACGAUGAAACUUGAGUUGGUUUCAGUUUUUGAAACGGAAACAGUGCUUCUGUGAUCUUCAAUCAAAAUAUUUCAGAUUAUAUGGGCCGCGAAUAACCAAUGUAUGAGAGAGAAGAUUGGCAACAUAUGUAUAUUUUAAAAUGGAACAAACAUUUACUGAAUUCGAAA